AGUUAUGAUUUUGAUGAAGAGGGGACGAUUUCGAAACGUCCUGGGCGCAGAAUUGACGGAUGGAUCGAAACUAUAAAUCAAUUGAGUAUAGCCGUUGUCUCUAGCGCGAAAGAAGGGGAGUCUGUGGGUGAAUACCUUGAUAUCGAUGAAUUCAAAGAAUUUCGAGAGAGAUGA